AUGUCGGCUCCCGGGAUAGCAAGCAGCAAAUCGGACACCGCUCCUCGAGCAAAACCCCAGCGCGUCCUCGCCUGUGUCCUCUGCCAGCAGCGCAAGAUCAAGUGCGACCGCAAGUUCCCCUGUUCGCAUUGCACAAAACAUCAGCUGCAGUGCGUGCCUGCGACACAGAACCGGCCACGGAGACGGCGAUUCCCCGAGAGGGAGCUUCUCGAUCGCUUGAGAAAGUAUGAGGGCCUACUACGACAGAAUAAGGUUGAUUUUGAGCCACUCCACGGUGACCUAGGGGCCAGGUAUGGGAAGUCUGUCGAUGACAGUGGCGGGUCGGACGAUGAGCACCGAUCCGAAGGUGUGGGAAUGCCUUCACCAUCAGUCACUGUGAAAUCUGAAACAUCAUAUGAGCCUAAGAACUUUUGGCAUUUGGUGAGCCCAGAGCUCGACGACUCGCAUGCUGGCUUGCGAGAGACUAUCAGGCAAACGUGGGAUCAAGCCUGCGAUAGCGAUGACCAUAUUCUCUUCGGAUCCCCAGACCGAUCAUCCGUCGACCUGUCAACGCUCCAUCCUGAGCCCGUCCACAUCUUUCGAUUAUGGCAGAUUUACCUCGACAAUGUGAAUGCGCUGCUUCGAGUGACUCACGCCCCCAGUUUUCAAGCGCGCAUCAUUGAAGCCGUGAGCAGCGUCGAAAACAUGAGUCCCGCAUUGGAGGCUCUCAUGUUCAGCAUAUACUCUAUGGCCAUCUUGAGUCUUUCCGAGGAUGCAUGUUACGAAACUUUCAAGCAGCCGAGAGCCCUGCUCUUGACCAAAUACCAAUUUGGUUGCCAGCAAGCUCUCUCAAACAGUCAGUUCUUGAGAACAAAUGACAUUGACUGCCUGACUGCGUUAUUUCUUUAUCUACAUGCGAGCCGCCCUAGUGCUCACAUCCGAUCAAUAUCAUCUCUCCUCGGCGUUGCGAUCCGCAUCGGCCAGCGUAUCGGUCUCCAGCAUGAAUCCGCCAACACCAGGUGCACCGUCCUAGAAGCCGAGAUGCGUCGGAGGCUCUGGUGGUCCUUGGUGCUGUUCGACGCCCGCAUGAGCGGUCUGACCGAGCACAAGGCGACCAACUUGACCCCGACAUGGGACUGCGCCGUGCCGCUGAACGUGAGUGACUCUGACCUACGAGCAGAAAUGAAAGAACCACCGAGGGCGGAGAUGAAAGUCAGUGAGGCACUUUUCUCGGUGGUGACCGCUGAGCUCGCCGAUUUCACCCGGCACACUGCGUUCUACCUCGACAUGACGAAUCCGAUUCUCAAGCCCAUCGCUAAGGAACUUCCAGGUGGCGGCAAGGUGGAUUGGUUGGAGAAGUCGGUAGAAGACAAGUACUUCCGGUACUGUGAUCUCGAGAACCCGACUCAUUUCAUGGCCUUGUGGAUGUCACGCGCAUCCCUCUCGAAAUUUCGCCUCAUGGAGACAUCUCACAGCUUCUACGAGGGUCCGGUUGAGGAGAAGCACAGAAUCACGUUAUCAAGUGCCUUAAGGUGGCUUCAGUGCGAUGCGAAGCUGGCGGCCUCGCCGCUGAUCCAGAGAUUCAGGUGGUUUCUCCAGAUAUACUACCCUUUCCCUGCCUACAUCCGCAUCACACAGUUUCUCAAACUGAACCCUCUGGAUCCGAAAGGCGAGUAUAUCUGGAACGCCAUGAGUGAUCACUUUGAGGCUCGGUUCGAACAACUUGAGCCGGGGUAUAAUCCUGUCUUUGUCCCUUUCACCGAGGUCAUUGUACGCACCUGGGAAGUGGUCGCAGCGGCACUCAGGAACUCAGGGCAGCCGGUGGUCCCGCCGAGAAUUGUGGCCAAAGUACAGGAAAAGCUGUCGGAAGUGACACCGGCUCUGAGUCCACAGUCUUCCGAUACCGGGCCCAAGGCUGAAGCGAUGAAUAUGAACCCCUAUGACUUUAGUGCACCUUUUCCGAUGGAUAUCAUUAGCCAGAGUCUCACUUACGAUCAGGGUACCUUUUCGCCAACAGACAAUGGUCUAUACACAAAUAUUAUCGUGCCGGACAUGCGAGGUAUCAACAUCGAUCAGUUCAACUGGGACUCAUUGGACUUGGGGCAAAAUGGGCAAGCGACAUGA